UUAACAGACACUAAAGAGGGCAAUUGAGCUAUAGCGAUGGACAGAAUGUUCUAGAACGGUCAUGUGAUGUCCGGAGACCAGUAAUGUCGCACUUUUAAAAAAAAUACUCUUGACGUACGUGUCUGUUUCUUAUAGGAGUUCGUUCGCCGUCGCAAAAAAAAUAAACAGGUUGAAUUGUAAAACAGCGUUUCGGAGUCGUUUAGGGUAUAAAAUAGAGGGAGAUUUCGAUGCUAUACGUUUUAAAGGAAUAUUUUCUCGUUAUUAAAGCAGCGAGGGGGAAGAAGGGAGCACGUGAGGGGUCUUGUCCAAUGGGAUUGGGCGCUUUCAGCAGGAGGGUAUAAAUACCAGGCGGUUGCCGUGAGAAACAUCCGCCAUUGAUGACUAACCUUUCAAAGAAACAGCGUUAUUUCACACGUAUAUGAUGUUAAUUUGUUCUGUUGGCGUUUAAAACUAAGCUCAAAAAUCUUCAAGUCGUUUUCAAAGAGGGGUUUUCGGGCGCAAAGCAUCAACAAGAUCCUUCGGUUGGUGAAGUUUUCCAGCAGAGCUCAUCCUGCGCUGCAUCGUCUGUCUCAGUUCGGCAGUUUAAACUUUCUUUGUCGUUCCCGAGACGGAAAGUGGCACAGACAGUGGGUGUGUAAUGCUCACUGAGCUGCCAAAGUUUAGUUGCAAAAGCCCUUUCCAUACUGGUCACCACUUCCUGGAAUGGCUCAGACGAUGUCUGAUGUGAAACCCCCACAGAAUGGGAAUCCCCCUCCCCCCCAGUUCAAGAACCCCAAAAAGCCUGGGCACCUCACCAAUCAGUUGCAGUAUCUAGAAAAAGUGGUGAUUAAGUCCCUGUGGAGACAUCAAUUCUCCUGGCCUUUCAGACAGCCUGUGGAUGCAGUCCGACUCCAUUUGCCAGAUUAUUAUGCAAUCAUCAAGAACCCUAUGGACUUGAGCACCAUUAAAAAGCGUCUUGAAAACAAUUACUACUGGAAGGCAAUGGAGUGUAUAGAAGACUUCAACAACAUGUUCACAAACUGUUACGUGUACAAUCGGCCAGGAGAUGACAUUGUUCUGAUGGCUCAAGACCUUGAGAAGCUUUUUUUGGAGAAGGUGGCAAAGAUGCCUCAAGAUGAGUUUGAGAUCUCUGUACUGACAACUAAAGCUCCUGUGAAAGGAGGAAGGAAGGCAACCGCAGUGUUAAAGAGGCCACAGUCUCCCGUGUCUGAAGUGGUUUUCCAACAAACAGUGACCGUCAUCCCUCGGGAUGCUCUCCACACAAUUCCCUCUGCUCCCCUGUCUGCACAACUCUCAGCCAAAUUGAAAAAUGGUGUGAAAAGAAAAGCAGACACUACGACCCCUUCUGCCUCUUCCAUCACCAGCUGUGAGUCAUCCCCUUGUGUAACAGAACCAAAAGUCCUUAAGAUAUUCUCCAGGCGAGGCAGCGGCCGACCCAUCAAACCUCCCUGUAAAGACCUUCCUGAGUCACCACCACAACAUCAGGUGGGCAGAAGGACCAAACUCUCAGAGAGACUCAAAUACUGCAAUGCAAUCCUGAAAGAGAUGUUUGCCAAAAAGCAUUCUGCUUAUGCCUGGCCCUUUUAUAAGCCUGUGGAUGCUAAGGCACUGGGCCUUCUUGAUUAUCAUGAAAUCAUUUACCAACCUAUGGAUAUGAGUACCAUCAAAAACAAGAUAGAAGCUCGGGAGUACACCGAUGCAUUGCAAUUCGCUGCAGAUGUGCGGCUCAUGUUCUCAAACUGCUACAAAUACAAUCCACCCGGCCAUGAGGUAGUGGCCAUGGCAAGAAAACUUCAGGAUGUUUUUGAGUUUCGCUUCUCCAAGAUUCCUGACAAGCCGAGGAAUUCAGCACCAUCCUCUAGUCAGAACAGAGUAAGGAAGGAGAGAGCACACAGUCCGUCCAGCUCUGAGAGCAGUGACAGCGAAUCAUCAUCAUCUCCAUCAGAAAACUCCUCAGACACAGAAGAUGAAGAGGAGAGAGUGCAGAGGCUUGCCAGCCUGGAGGAACAGCUGAAAGCAGUACGAGAGCAGCUGCAGUUACUGACCCAAACACCUCUCUUGAAACCAAAGAAAAGGGAAAAGUCCAAGAAGAAGAGGAAGAAAGAGAGAGAGUCCAGUAAGCGAAAAGGUGAAGAAAUGAAGAAACCGGCAAAAAUACAGAAGAGGUCUAACAGCAAGUCAUCAGGGCGGAAGGAGAGCAGAGCAUAUGACUCCGAGGAAGAGAUCAAUACAUUACCCAUGUCUUAUGAGGAGAAACGGCAACUGAGUUUGGACAUUAACAAGCUUCCUGGAGACAAGCUUGGCAAAGUAGUGAACAUCAUCAAGGCGCGAGAACCCUUGCUCAGGGACACAGACCCUGAGGAGAUCGAAAUUGACUUUGAGACUCUCAAACCUUCAACUCUUCGAGCUCUCGAGUGCUAUGUUGUCGCUUGCCUCCAAAAGAAACGGAAAGAAACUGACAAAAAGAAGCUCCAGAAGAAGUCUAAAAUCAAGGAAAUGGACAAAGAGCUGCAACACGCACAUGGAGAAUCAAAUAAUAAAAAGGCCAAAAUUGAAGCGGAAGAGGAGUUUAAAGACAUGAGCCGUCCGUCUCGUCUGAGUGACAGUAGCAGCAGCUCAUCCAGCUCUAACAGCAGUAGUAGUGACUCUAGCUCCUCUGAUAGCUGUGACUCUGAUUCAGGUUAGCUGCUUCACACCUACCCACCAACCCUUUUAUUAUUAACUCACUGUCUCUCAGGCCAGUCUGUCCCCCCUGCUAUCAAUCUGGUCACUGAUGCAGAAAUCAAACCAAAAAUUGUAAAGCUUACCCGGACACGUCCCCAGGAUUAUAAAGUUUCACUUAUUUCAUCUUAACACCUUCUGGACACAGUUCAACUUUUAUUUUCCCAAUUAAAAAUGGUGUUUGUUUGUUUUUUGUGUUCACUUUUUGUCUUUUAUCACUUUUGUAAUAUAAAGAAAAUUGUGCACUUUUGGCUCUAAAUUAGUAAAAGAAUAAGUUGUUUCCUUUUCUCUCUCACACUUUUUC